UUCAUCAUUGUUAUGUACAAUUCUCGAAGAUAUAAACUCCUCCUCCUACUUGCUGUUCUGCUAAUAGGAGUACCCAAACUGUAUAUAAACCUGAAUCCUUCGGUAAAAGAACCUGUUAUGCCGGAUCAACCGGAUCUCAUUCCUUUCCGUGUCAAUAUCCGAGAGAUUCAAGGUGAACUAGUCUGGUCAAUUCCUAAAGUCACGGUUGGGCUUCCAAUAAGUCAAAUCCAAGACCUCAGGGAAGAGAAGCCUAGUGUUCUCCUUGUGAUAAUUGUGUCGUCAGCGCCUUUGCGCUGGGAACGAAGGAAGGCCGUACGACAGACUUGGUGGAAACACUGCAAUGUGAAAGAGGUAGCUUGCCACUUUUUCACAGACGGACUAGUCGUGAACAAGACGAUCCAGGAAAAUCUCUUGAACGAAACAUCCCGUUAUGGAGAUAUUGAGUUCCAACCGCUUCUGGGCGGGAUAGAGUUUGGAAUGCGCUUCUUGUAUCACGCCAAAUGGGCCGCAGCUAAUUACGACUUUCAAUAUUUUCUUCGCACGGACGAUGACUACUUUGUGUGUCUUAAGAAGCUUUUGAAUGAGUUACCUUGGCGCCCUAAGCAGAAUCUCUGUUGGGGAAAUUUUCACUGUGAAGUACAAAUGACAUGGAUUGACGAGUCAUGGAUGCUGUUUUCACGUGACAUUAUUGACAAAUUCUUGAACCAAGAUGCGCGUACCAUGUUGUGUCAUCCGCACGCUGGCCAGCAGAUCGGCAUUUGGCUCAACAAUAUAUCAGGUCGUUUAUUUUUCCAUGACGUUCGUCUGAAUCACGUGAGGGCUUUUGAUUGGCAGGCGAGAAACGUGUGUGUAACGUACAUGGGAGUUCAUCGAGCGUUUGCGUCGCGCAUGCUACAACUGGCCAAGACGAGUGAGGACGGCGCGAAAACUGUGCCCCCCAUCUCUAAGUUUUCUUCUUAUUGUGAAUACGACACGUUUGACCAUAGGAGGCUACACGACCCUUAUUUCUAUGAACCAAAGCCUUGUGUUGAGAACUCGAUAUGGGUGAAAAGUCACCGAAUGUGGCUUGGAGAAGAAGGAAGGAUUAAUUAAUAGUUUAGUAAUCAUGGACAGAACACUGUGACCCUAGAAAAACACAGCGGUCUAACGUUUGCGAAAUG